AUGAGGGACAAACAGAAGAGGCGGAGGGAGCGCACGUGGGCCGAGGCCGCCAAGAUGGUCUUGGAGAAUUAUUCAGAUGCACCGAUGACCCCAAAACAGAUUCUGAACGUGAUUGAGGCUGAGGGGCUGAAAGAGACCAACAGCGGAUCUUCCCCACUCGCCUGCUUGAACGCCAUGUUACAUUCUAACUCCAGAACCCGAGAGGCUCUUUUCUACAAGCUCCCAGGGCGGAUCAAUCUGUUCACAAUGAAGAAGAAUGCACUGCAGUGGUCUCGUGUGGUGUCAUUGCCUGAAGAUGGGGACACAGAAGAUACAGCCGACGAGGAGAGCAGCCAAUGGAGUGAGAGCAAUACAGGCGCUGCAGUGGAAUCAUCUGGAAGCGCGUCCUCUGCCCAAGAGUCCAACGUCAGAGAAACCAGGUCCUUGGUGCAGGUCAACAAACAGAAGAGAAGAAGUGGAGUUUUACUGCCUCGUGUUGUUUUGACGCCUCUGAAGGUCAACGGAGCCCAUUUACCAUCAACCUCCGGCUUAUCUGUCCGUCGUGUAGAGAGCGCGUCCUCCAGUAACCGAACCAUCGGGAGCAAUCUGACCUUUCACAGGCGUGCCGCGCUGAGCGGAAACUCCACACAUCAUCUCAGAAGUAUUAAGACUUCCCCAGUUACAGGGCAAGUAAAGAAGAACAAAGAAGAAGAGAUCGACUUCGAAACCCCGGGAUCUAUUCUUGUCAAUACAAACCUUCGUGCACUGAUCAACGUCCGGACGUUUAAUGCUCUCCCCCACAAUCUUCAACAGCAGCUGCUGCUCCUACUUCCAGAGGUGGAUAGGCAGGUCACUCCAGACGGGCAGACGAAGAUGAGUGGCAGUGCCCUGAAUAACGAGUUCUUUGCCCAUUCCUGUCAGAGAUGGAGGGAGAGGCUAGCAGACGGUGAAUUUACGCCAGAGAUGCAGCUGAGAAUGAGACAAGAGAUGGGCAAAGAAAAGAAAAUAGAAGAUUGGAAGGAGAAGUUUUUCGAGGAUUUCUAUGGGCAAAAACUUGGCCUGUCUGAGGAUCCAGGUUCUGACCCGGAAAAUAAAUGCAACCAACCUGAUUCCACAAGUCAAGCUGUGCAGAGGACCAGCCCAGAGCCCAUUCAUGUUGAAGAAUCCCUUCCAGAGAUCCGGGGCAGACUGCGGCGCAGCAUGUACAGAAACCGAGAGAGACUACAGAAAACCCUUCCAGUGGCUUCAAAGGCAAAAAUCUCUUCUCCUCCUCCCAAGAAAGCUGAGAAUAUCAGCCCAGCUUCAGAGGACAGACUAGCCCCUGCGGAAGCUGUAAACCUUCCAUCCACUUCUGACAGGGUCCCAGAGCUUCAUCCCGAGAACAGCGAGCAGAAAAGAAAGAUGGCCGAUCCAGAUAACUCCAGCCCCUCCCUCGAAAAGAAGCCACGGAUGGAACAGCGUCAGUCCUUUCGUAACACAAUUACAAGUGUUCACCCAGAAAAGCCACAGCCCACCAAAGAGGAACCAAAAGUCCCCCCAAUCCGGAUCCAGCUUUCUCGCAUCAAACCUCCCUGGGUGGUUAAAGGUCUGCCAGCUUACCAGAUCUGUCCCCGGAUCAUCCCAAACCCUGAUCCCCCUGGGUGCCAACUUACUUCCUGCUCACCUGCUGACAGUCAGACCAGUGGCCAUGACCUCCAGACCUCCAUUGGUGGAGGCGGAGGCCCGGGAGGAGGCCACAGCACCACGGCGAGAAGAAGCUGGCCCAGAGACUCCAAAAGGAGAAGAUCGGCUAAGCGUAGACAUCGAAAGAAGCCAGCAGAUUGCUGCAGAACACAAUUACUGCCGUCCGCUACAGUGAGGGAUUCGGCGGACAAACCUCAAGUUCCUCGAGUCAAAAUCACUUGGAGUUCUCCAGAGACCAAAGAGUAUGGUCACGACGCCAGAGGGGCCAAAGAGUGGCACGUCAAUGAGCUGGUUGAUGGCGAGGUUGGCUCUUUGGAUUACUGUAAGAGUUCCGAAAAAGCUACAAAUAUCUGUGACAUGGAUGAUCCUAUGGAUGGCAAAGGGGAAGAAAAUGUAAGAGUUGGCCGGCCGGCUUCCGUUCUAGUUACGGAUUCUGCAGGGCAAGGGAACUGUGUACAGACUGAAUCUGUGUCUUGUGUUCUUGGUGACGUGUCCAAUACCUUUCAGAACAGAAUUAAACCUGUUAACGCGAGUUCAAAUGAAAAGGAUUCCAAUGACAAAAGCAGUGAUGGUAUCAUGGAUUCUUCACAUCCAGACCUCCAAGAGUCUGCAAAUUCAGCCACCGUUGACCCUCGCUCUCUUGAACCUCAGCCAGCCAGCACCUCAACCGAUAACGUGCAUCGGGACUGUGGAAGUCAUCCAGAGACCAUUCCUUGUAAGUCGGUCAACUUAUCUCCUGUUCUGGAUGUACGGGAGCCAAACGAGUCUGACUUAUUGGACAGUGUUAAGCAAAAUCAGACACACGUGUUGGCAGGGUCACCUCGCUCACCGUCAUGUGACACGUGCGAAAGUACACCCGUUCAAACGACAGAUUUAUCUUGUCUGCAUACGGACAUGAACUUCAUGUUCAAAGUUGGAGAUGAUUUAUCUCCUAAAGGUCUGAAUGACGGUCUCAAGGAUUCUCUACCCUUGGUUGCUCCCACUGCUGUAAAAAGUGAAUUUCCCGACCAACGUUGUCCUACGUUAAUCUCCAAAGAUGGAUAUUUUUUGGCAAACGCGAGUGAAGAGUUGCCGAGAUCUUGCUCACCUCCCAGUGUCCCAUCUCUGGGUGAAGGGGUGGUAAAUAAAGGGAGCGCCGAGAAACCUAAUCCUCGUGGUAUUGAUCCACCUAACGUCUUGGAACUGUUCCAGGGUGACGAAAUGUUUUGUGGUGGAAAACAACAGCGUUGGCUAGCUAGCUAUAUGGAGUCCAUCAACAAGGAUAGUUUGCUCUUGGACUUUCCAUUUGUCUCAUUUCCCAAGGAGGUCGAUGUCCACGUCGAGCUGCCAGUAGAGUUGUUGUCGCUAUCCCCUCCAGGCAAAUUAAAACAAACUUUAUUUGGGAAGCAAGCGCAGGAUGUAGCUUCCUACUGCUACUCAGCCGGGGUGCUCCUCUCCUCCUUUCCUGGAGAAUACGCGGUGACCGGCGAGGCCUCCCUGUCCGUGGAAGUCUUUGCCGAGCAUGAGAGCGGGGAGCAUGUGUCGUUCCGGUGCAGCUUCAAAGCCAUGACAGUUUGCGAAGGGUGCGGAGCGUUCUAUCACAUCGACUGCAUAGGCCCCUCCAAGCUUUGUGAUUCGUGCCUUGUCAUAAGAUAG